AUGGGUAACUGCACUGAAAUGUUUAAUAAAAAGAAGAAUCAUAAUUAGAGUCGUAUAUGUCCUACUUGCAAUUAAAAUAUACCUGGAACGAAUGACUUUAAUUAGCAUUUUGCUUAGUGCUAACGAAACAGAAAUCCAAUACAACAACAUGCACCUAAUUAGAACAACAAUCAAGGACAAAAUUAAUUCCCAAAUCCCUCCUUAAUAAAUAACAACCCUAACUAACGCCCUUCGAACUAACCUCAAAAUACAAAUACGCACUAACAUCACUAAAAUCGUGGGCUGAGAUAAAAUUUUGUGUGGACAAAAGUUUACGAUGAAAAAGAUAAAACAAAAUAUACUUGGAAACAAGUUGAAGUAGGGUUGAUUGUAGAACAAGAGCUCAUAAAGUAGUUAUCAAACACAGAUAUUAAAAAUUUUUCAUUUGAAGAGAAACAGAUAUGGUUUAGAUAUAAGCUAGAGCAGCUAAGAAUACCUUGGACUGAAGGCGCUCAUUGGAUGGAGAUUCAUACAGAUAAUGUACUUCUUACAAGCUUAACUGCAAUAGAUUUAGUUGAUCUUCAUAAAGAAGUCAAAAUAAGUAUUAAUGGAGAUAAAGUCUAAGAUGCAGGAGGUCUACUAAGAGAAUGGAUUCACAUGAUUACAAAAGAAAUAUUUGAUAAAAAUACAGGACUUUUUAGCCUUGCAGAUUCAGAAGAAAUCACAUAUAAAAUAAACUAAGAUGCAGAUAAGUGUGAUCAUAUUAUGAAUUGCUUUCGACUAUUUGGAAAAGUUUUAGGAAAAGCUAUAUUUGAAAGAAUUCCUCUAGAAGCAUAUGUAGAUAAAACAUUAGUAAAAUAAUUACUUGGCCAGCCAGUGACUCUCGAUGAUAUCUAUUCGUAUGACCAAUAACUUUAUAAAUCAUGGCUGUACAUUAAAAAUAAUAAAUUGAAAGAGGAUGACUUUAUAGGUUAUAUGAGCUUUUCUAGAAAGACACCUUAAGGAAUGAUUGAGAUAGAUUUGAUUGAAAAUGGGUAAUAAGUAGAAAUAAAUGAAAAGAAUAAACAACAAUAUAUAGAUUUAUGUAUAUAAUAUAUUAGCUAUAAAUCAGUCAAAGAUUUUAUUGAAAAUAUUUAAGCAGGAUUAUAUUCAGUCGUACCAAAGCAUCUAUUAGAGAUUUUUGAUGCUAAUGAGUUUGAAAUGAUUUUGAACGGUCUUCCAUUUAUAAAUGUAGAAGACUGGGAGCAAAAUUCAAUCUAUAAGAAUGGAUACACAAAAACCCAUCAUUUAAUUCAAGAGUUUUGGAGAAUUCUAAGGUCUUUUGAUUAGUAAAAACUUGAAAAAUUCUUACACUUUUGUACUGGUUCUAGCAGGACUUCUGUUGAGGGAUUUAAAAAAUUAGAGUCAAAUAGAGGCAAUUAUGCAAAAUUUUGUAUUGAAUAAGUUAAGUAUGAUUAAAGCAAUCCAUAUCCUAAAGCUCAUACAUGCUUUAAUAGACUAGAACUUCCUUUAUAUCCAACAAAAGAAUUAUUAAAUAAAUAUUUGUAAAUAAUUGUAAAUAAUGAUUUAGAUGGUAUAUUUGGUAUGGAGUAAACGGCUUGCCUUAAUCAUAUUAAGGGAUGA